AUGUUCGUGCUUGUGGAAAUGAAAUUGUUCAAAGAAUUUCAAUCAGCAUGUGAACAGAGCUUGAGAUGUGGAAAAAUGAACAACGAGUCAAUUCAGUGGAAGAAUUGUGUUUACGAGUGCGUGUCGCCGACUUGCUACAAAGAAAUUUACGAGUUCGAUGAGGUUGGUACAUUAAAUAUUUCUAUAAUUAAUUUAAAUCGUAGCAAGCGUUCAUAA